CAGGGAAAAUGCAACAAUGCAGCAGUGAUGACUUGGGUCUGUCACAACCCUCCAUCAGCAGGGUCAUCAAUCAAACAUUGACAGCAUUGUCACAACCUCACAUUGUGACACAAUUUGUUAAAUUUCCACUGGAUGCCCGCACUUUGCAAGCCCACAAAAGGGCAUUUAUGGACAUUGCAGGAUUCCCUGGUGUUGUGGGUGUAAUUGAUGGGACACAUGUCAGAAUAAUUGCACCAUCAGAAGAUGAAGCCAUCUUUGUGAACAGGAAAAGAUUUCACAGCAUCAAUGUUCAGCUUGUUUUCAGUGCUGACUACAAAAUUUUAGACAUUGUUGCUAAAUGGCCAGGCUCAACACAUGAUGCCAGAAUGCUCUCUGAGAGUGGUCUCAGACAGCUUUUCGAGGGACAUUAUGUGCCAGCCAAUUGCCACUUGUUAGGGGACAGUGGCUACCCAUGCAAACCAUGGCUCCUAACACCUUACCUCCAGCCACACCAAGGGCCGCAACUAAACUACAACAGGGCCCAUAAGAGAACAAGGGCAGUUGUGGAGCGUGGCAUUGGCCAAAUGAAGAGACGCUUUCAUGUCCUCCAUGGAGAGGUGCGGCUGACCCCUGAUAAAGUCUGCAAAGUCAUCGUGGCCUGUGCAAUACUGCACAACAUUUGCAAGGCUCGGCAGAUUGCAGAACCUCUUGAGGGUGAUGGUGACGAGGAGAGCGAUGAUGAUGGUGGUGGUGGUGAAGAAAACAUUGACUUUCCACAGGGGAACUUGGCUCAAAGUGGACUAUCUUACAGAGGCCACUUUACAAAUUUACAUUUCAGGGAUGGUGUUGGAGCAGCAGGUGCAGCAGGCAGGGAUGGUGUUUGAGCGGCAGCAGCGGGCAGGCUGGACUCUGUCUGAUGGUCGUACACCUGUGAUGUUGAGGGGCCCGGUUCCUCUGAUCGCUCCAUGCUACAGAAAGGGGAACACAUUUAGUUUAAUUAUUGUUUUGUUUUAAUUGAUUUAGUAGAAGGAACAUGCACAAGCAAUACGCUAAAUGGUUUAUGCAAUGUAUAAACACUGUGCUU